UAGCUCACUGUCAUGUGGUCAAGAUGUAUAUGUACAUGCAAUUUGUCAAAGUUUAGGCUCAUUCAUUUUCAUUAAGCGGUUGAAAUUAGUGGUCUGUCGUCUCAUCCUAUAUGUGAAGAACAUAUGUUUAAAAAACUAUGGGGGAGAAGUUUUGGCUUAAAGAAGAUGACAAAUUUUUUGUAGAAGGUAUUCUAGGAACUGAAGCGUUUAAAUACUUGGUUUGUUUAGCUUCUAAUGACGUGUUAUCGGAGUUUUCUACUCCUGCCGGGUACCUGGGAGUGGAACAGGAACUGUGCAAGAUUCUUGAAGAGUACUCUGGUUGGAAUUACGCAAUCUAUUGGCAGGUUUGUAGUUUAAAAUCUGGGAAAUCUGCCUUAAUUUGGGGGGACGGGCAAUGUAGUCAAACUAAUGUGGUUUUAUCUGGAGACACACCGUUCCAAGGAGAUGAGAAGAAGAGGGUGCUUGAAUUGCUCCAAUCUUGUUUUGGGAAAACAAGGAAUGAUACUAUUGUUGCACCUUUGGAAUCAGUUUCGGACAUGGAUAUGUUUUAUAGAGCAUCAAUGUAUUUUUCAUAUCCGUUUGAUAAGCCCUCAAUUCCUUCUCAGUCAUUCAACUCAAGCAGGUCGAUUUGGGUUUCUGACAUGAAAGAUACAUUAGAACACUAUGAAUCAAGAUCAUAUCUGGCAAAGAUGGCUAGACUAGAAACAGUCAUUUUUGUACCAUUGAAGUCGGGAGUGGUAGAGAUGGGCUCAACCCAUUCAAUUCCUCAAGACGAGGUUUUAAUUAAUAAGGUAAAAUCUUUGUUUGCAAAACCUCAUCCUACCCGAGCAAAAUUGUUGCCAAAGAUAUUUGGGCGACAAAUAAGUAUAGGUGGUGGUGAGCCAGUAGCCAGUACAGGUAUUCCACCCAAUAUUGAGAAAGAUUUGGGUUUUAACUCAUAUUCGAGCAAGUUACAAAUAGGAGACUCUCAUGGUAAGCAGCAACACAAACCCAGUGAAAAGAAGUUUUUUCCGCAAAUGAUUGAAGGCAAUUUCAGUAUUUUAGAUUCACAAAUAUCAAGUUCUGACUCGCUACUUCAAGUUGAUGAGAACAAACCCAGAAAAAGAGGCAGAAAGCCUGUUAAUGGGAGGGAAGAACAGCUUAAUCAUGUGGAAGCAGAGAGACAAAGGCGUGAAAAACUCAACCAAAGAUUCUAUGCAUUGAGAGCUGUUGUUCCUAAUAUCUCAAAAAUGGACAAGGCUUCUUUAUUAGGAGACGCAAUUUCUUAUAUCACUGAUCUUCAAUCAAGGAUAGUUUUCUUGGAAAGUGAAAAGGGGACGGCCACCGAUAAGAAAAUACAGUGCAUUGCCCCAAAAAUUGAUCUCCAGACAACGGCUGAACAUACAUUAGUUGUACGUGUGAGCUGCCCACUCAACUCUCACCCUGUUUCAGGAAUUAUUAAGAUGCUUAGGGAAAAUGAUUUUGAAAUUAAGGAUUGUAGCGUCUCCACAAGUUGUGAGACUAAUAACAAUGAAAUAGCUCACACGUUUUCAAUUCAGACUCAUGGUGGUGGCGCGGAGCAUUUGAAGGAGAAGCUUACUGCUGCAUUUUUAAAAUAAAUAUAUGAUGUAAUUCAGUUUUAUUGACAUGUAUGUUCUUAGGAAACUUU